AUGUGGUGUGUUGUCGGCUUCUUUGUGUACUUCAAACUUUCGGCGAUCUUCCUCAACGUUGUCGAUCCAUUCGCGCCGAUAGAAAACUUAUUCUGUGCAGUAUUCAUGGGUGGAAUCUGGGAUGCCUUAUCUAGAGCUCUUGCUGCUGCUCGCGAACGACGUGCAGCGGGUCAUGCUACCGAAAAUGGAACUAUCGCAAGUGGAGAGAAAAAGGAUCAAUAA